AGCCAAAAACAGCCCUAAUAAAUUGUAAUUCUUGUGACCAAAUCAAAACUCAGUGUGCAAAAUUUAGAGAUUUAAACACUGACAAAGAAGAAGAUGAAAUUUAGGGCUUCUCAGAGAAUUCCUUGCUUCACUUACAAUGGACGCUUCAGUCAUCCACAUGCGCAGCGUUUCCAAUUCACUACCUUUCUUCGUAAGGUACAAGCCACUGAAGCUCGAGCUUCGCUUAAUCGUGGCGGAAGUAGUAGUAACAGCAGCUCUCAGGGUAACACUCUUUUGUUGCCUGGUGCAACAGUCGCAACUAUAGUUAUGCUUGGUCUUCUCCAUGCUCGACGUCUCUAUGAUGAUCAGAAGAUUGAAGACGCAAGAGAGAAAGGAAUUUUAGAAUUCCAGCCUGAUGUAAAGGCUACUUUCAUGAGAUUACUUCCACUACGCUCCAUCUCUAGAUUCUGGGGUACCUUGACCAGUGUGGAACUUCCGAUGUGGCUGCGUCCAUCUGUGUAUAAAGGAUGGGCUAGAGCAUUUCAUUCAAACUUGGAAGAAGUAGCACUGCCUUUGGAAGAGUAUGCAUCUUUACGAGAGUUCUUUGUCAGAAGAUUGAAAGAGGGUACCAGACCUAUUGAUCCAGAUCCCUGUUGUCUGAUUAGUCCAGUUGAUGGAACUGUUCUACAAUUUGGAGAGUUGAAGGAAGUUGGGGCUAUGAUUGAGCAAGUCAAAGGAUUUUCUUAUUCUGUUUCUUCGCUUCUUGGUGCCAGCUCCCUCCUUCCCAUGAAUGUGGUUGAUGACAACACAAAUCAAGAUGGUGGGCAAGAAGGUUCUAUGGAUGAUACGAAUCAGAAGUCCUGGUGGAGAGUUUCAUUGGCUUCUCCUAAAGUCCGAGAUCCUGCACCAGCACGCCCAAUGAAAGGUCUCUUUUACUGUGUGAUUUACUUGAGUCCUGGAGAUUAUCAUCGCAUACACUCACCAGCUGAUUGGAAUGUUCUUGGCCGUCGACAUUUCUCUGGUCGUCUCUUUCCCAUGAAUGAACGAGCUACGAGGACAAUAAGAAAUUUAUAUGUGGAGAAUGAAAGGGUUGUGCUUGAAGGUAAAUGGCAAGAAGGUUUUAUGGCAAUGGCAGCUGUAGGUGCAACAAAUAUUGGUUCCAUUGAGCUUUUCAUUGAACCAACUCUGCGAGCAAAUAGACCAUGGAAGAAGCUGCUACAUCCAGAACCUCCUGAAGAACAGGUAUACGAACCUAGAAGCACUGGUGUUUUGCUGAAGAAAGGAGAUGAGCUAGCAGCUUUCAAUAUGGGUUCAACAGUGGUUCUAGUCUUCCAAGCUCCGAUCUUACAACCUUCUGCAGAUAAAAGCACAUCAGCGGAAUUCAGUUUUUGUAUUAAAAAGGGAGACCGCGUCCACAUGGGAGAGGCCCUGGGCAGGUGGCAUGAUCCCUAGUUACAAUAUUUCAAUUACAGAAUUAAGGGUGGUAAGUUUGUAUUAUAGAAAAGCCUUCUAGAGAAACGCUUUACAAUUAGGUAGAUUACUUAGUCUGAAAAGGUCUUCAUUCUGUUACAAUAGUAUGAGGUAACUCCAUUUUAAGGGUGAUAUGAAUGGGAACUCAGGUUCUCUUUUGCUCAGAAA